AUGUCAAUGUCGGCGCUCAUGUCUGCUCUCCGCGGCAACGGCCGUCAGCAGCUCUCUGCCGGCACCGUUGUGACCACCACGCAGGUUACCGGUUCCUACUUGCUCAUGGUGGAUGGGUGCACACUGAACACGGCCACCAACGGCACGCUGGUCGAGUCAGGCACCUUCAGCGUCGGCGGCCACGACUGGCGCAUCGUGUGCUACCCGAACGGCAAGACAUUCUACCAUGGCUGGCUUUCCCUCUUUCUCCAGCACGCCAGCCAUAGCAAGACCGGCGACGCAACGGCGGGUGUCCGCAUGAGCAUACUCGACCACGACGGCAACACAAUUGCAAUCAAAACCAGCGAUGCCCUGAAAUUCUCGGGCCACAGUGUUACGCGUGGUUGGACAGAAUUCGUGGAGACCAAAGCCCUGGACAAGGAGAGGCGCCUCAACUGGGGCUGGCUAGGCUUUGUGCACACCAAAGACCUGGACAAGGCGAAGCAGUUCAAGGAUGACGGCGUGUCCAUCCUCUGCGACGUCACCGUCUUCGACAUGCACGCCGCCAAGCACGCAUCCACAUCCACGGGUGCCGUGGUGCCGCCGAGCGAGCUGCACCAGCAGCUGGCGGAGGUCCUGUGGGGGUCCAAGGAGGGGGUGGACGUGGAGAUCGAGGUCGGCGGGGAGACCUUCGCGGCGCACAGGUGGAUGCUCGCCGCCCGGUCGCCCACCUUCAAGGCGGAGCUCCCGUCGACCGCCGCGACGGCGAGGCUACGCGUCGACGGCAUGGAUGCUGCAGUCUUCAAGGCCAUGCUCCACUUCAUCUACACGGACGCGCUGCCCAAGGAGAUGAAGCUGGCAACGAUGGCGAAGCCGCUGCUCGUGGCCGCGGACAGGUACAAGCUCGAGAGGCUCAAGCUGAUGUGCGAGGAGGAGCUGUGCCGGAGCGGGCACAUCGGCGUGCAUUCGGUGGCCGCCAUGCUAGCCCUGGCGGAGCAGCAUUCCUGCAGCGUGCUCAAGGAGGCUUGCACGCACUUCCUCUCCGAGCCCGGUAAUCUCAAAGCAGCCAUGGCGACACGUUGGUUUUGA